AUGGAGCAGCUAGGUGGCGCUUGGCUGGAUACAAGUGCCCCUUUCCCGGAUGAGAUGCGGAUUUCAGUCCGGAAUGCUACAUCGAUGGCGGAGGCUCGGCUCAACUUGUCCCCCCGAACUAAACUGGUUCUGGAGGUCCUGAUGGUGUUGAUGUGUCUCGGCGCAGUCACAGGUAACAUCCUGGUGAUUGUGAUAGUGGCGGCCACCAAGACCUUCCACUGCGUGACAUCAGUGCUCAUUAUGAACCUGGCCAUCAGUGACCUGUUGGUCGGGGUUGGAGUCAUGCCCUUCAUAGCUCUCUCCAUCAUGAACAACGGAUGGGUCGACUGUACUGACCUGUGUCUGUAUGUGGGGUACACCUCCUCAGUCUACUGUACAGCCUCAGUCCUGACCCUGGCAGCCAUCGCCCUGGACCGCUACCACUCUAUCAUGGACUGUCUGCGCUACAGUUCCCACUGUACCCUAUGGAGGAAGUGUGCUGUGGUGCUGUGGAUCUGGCUCCAGGCCUUGGUCACCAGCUGUCCUCCUCUGCUGGGCUGGAGCACUGUGUCCUACAUGGCUCCCAUGUACAGCUGUGCGGUGAACUGGAAGAGCAGUCCCAGCUACACAGCCUUCAUGGCUGCCCUGUCCUUCCUCAUGCCUGCUGCAGUAAUCCUCUUCUGCUACGUCAUCAUCGUCCGUGUAGCCCGGAGCCACGCCAGGAGGAUCCACAACCUGGAGGACCAGCUCCAGAGAAACACUGGAAUGCCGAGCUCCUCCUUCCCGACCGAGAGUACUUCUGAGCGGACUAGUCCGAGGUGUCAAGGUGCCCACGGUCCUUCCACCUCCAGGCUGGUGUAUCAUCUGAGUGGGCGGUUUGUAUCGGAGACCCAUGGAGAGGUUGGGGACGAGGUUCCUUCAGGGUCAGAUCAUACUGCUGGAGCUCCACAGACCUCCAACCACCCAGACUCUACCUCCAGCUCCAAUGCUGCAUCCCGGAGACUGUUCUCCUUCCUGGCCCAACACGCCCCCCAUGGCCACCCCCAUCCGCCCCACCAGAACUCCAACUCCAAUCACCUCCAUCACCACGGGGUUGUACGUCUCUUCCUGGUUAUCGCCGCCUUCUUCCUGUGUUGGACUCCAUAUAUAGGCGUUGCGCUGGUCCAGGCCACGGAGACCGCCCUAUCGUGUAAGUCCUCCUUAGUCCCGCCCUCAGCGGUUACCUUCUCCUAUUGGUUGGUUCUGUUGAACUCAGACAUCAAUCCUCUGCUGUAUGCUCUGCUCAGUCAGAGGUUCCAGGGGGCUCUGCGGUGCCUGAAGCAGAAGAUCAGAGUGCGUCUUGGGGGGAACGUGGUGGGGAGUGGGGGAGGCGAGACCAGGGGGGAGGGAGAGGGGGGGAGGAGCAGUGAACCAUGUGACCCAUGUACUCUGACUUCCGUCCAUCCCCGCCCCCAUCCUGGCCUAGUAUGUUCUGGACCUGGGUCUAACAUCCACAACCCACCUGUAGGAGAGGGGCUGAGACGGGCCUACUGCUCUUCCAUCUUCACAGUCGACUCCAACUUCUCGGACAGCUCCAGGGAGCGUGUGUGUGGUGUGUUCCGCCCCGGUAGCUCCGCCUCUUCCUCCACCUCCUCCUGCCCCCUGUGGCAGGACUCAGUUGGAGGAGGCGGGGAGAGGAGUUCAAACAGGAGGUUGGAGUGCCUGCAGGUCCCCACCAGGACAGCAGAGGGCAGCAGUCUGCCGUUGUCUGCAGCCACCAGAGACAGACAGGCAACCUUCUUCUAUGGACAGAUCACAGUGAGGGUAGAGCAUGAUGUAUGCUAGUCGGAGCGGAUUAAGAUCUUUAUGACCCAUCCAUCUGUCGUUGAU